AUGGAAUCGGAAUUGGAAUAUUCUACCCAGUUCGAGCCUGAAGGAUCUUGGUUAUUUUUGGUAUUAGCUACUUCAGAGCUAGCGUCUCCGGGCGCUCCCGCAGCUAAGGUGAUCCCCCUCUGGGCAUCUCCUCUGUGGUUUAUCAUUCUGUAUAGAAUAGAGGGGAACGGGGAACGGGGAACGGGGUAUGGUUGGGUUUUUCAUGUUUUGAUGUUGAUAACCUGGGGUAUACGAAGCAGCGCCAGCGUCAGACAGUCAGCAGUCAGAAAGAGAUAUUCUCUCCUCCCAGAGGCUGGAUUCGCAGACAUAUCUGCAGUUACGAGGGAUUAUCAGAUCCGCGAUAUGCAGACCGGGAGACGCUAUCGACCGAAUCGCCAGCCUCGUGGCGAUGGCAGUGACGGCGGAAGAGGGGGAUCGAGCGGUGGGAGAGGCAGAGGAAGGGGAAGAGGAGGAAAUGGUCGACUUGGUCAGAACGACGACGGUGGAAACAGCACAUCGGCCACCAACACCACCACCACAAACAACCAACCCACACCAUCACCCUCCCACCCCCGAGCCCUUUCCCACCGGAACUUCCAGCCCUCUCCGUCUCGUCUCUCUCGCUCCGUCUUUCAAACCCGCCAACCCCGCCCACCGCGUCACAACCAUCCACCCGUCCCACCCCGCUCCGCCCUCGUACCGGGAACGACUCGCGUCUCCAUCAUCCUGAAGCAGGAUCAGUCCACGGGCCGACAGGUGCAAGGCGUCGUAGAGCAGAUCCUGACGCGAGGUGAUCAUCCACGGGGUGUGAAGGUCAGGCUGAGGGAUGGAAGGGUGGGGAGGGUGCAGGGUGUUCUUGGUGAUGGGGAUGGUGGCGAGGGGACCGCGGGUGGCGCCGGAGUCGAGAGGGUUCUUGGGGAUGAGGAGGAAAGCGCACGAGGAGCAGUGGAGGGCGGCCAGGCGAACCAGAACCAGAACGGGAACAGCACGAGUUACGCGGCCGAGGAGGACGACGAGGAAGAGGAAGAGGAGGAGGCGGGAGAGCAACUGGCGCGGCAUCGAGAAACCAAGGCCCGAUCCUAG